AUGACCGACCAAGUUACCGGUGCUAUCAAACACGCAGUCAUGGGACACCGAAACGACAAGAUCGAUCAGCUCAAGGCCAACAUCGUUGAGCCGAGCGAGAACACUCGAAUUACCUCCGAUUAUGGAGUGAAGCAGAACAACACCGAUCAAUGGCUGCGCGUCAACAGCGAGGACCAAACUGGUCCCAGUCUUCUCGAGGAUGCUUUUGGACGUGAGAAGAUCCAUCGCUUCGACCAUGAGCGUAUCCCCGAGCGCGUUGUCCACGCCCGCGGUGCAGGUGCUCACGGCACUUUCAAGCUGUUCGAGUCCGCGGAAGAUGUCACCAAGGCCGGCAUCUUUACCGACACCUCCAGAGAGACACCCGUCUUUGUUCGAUUCUCGACUGUCCUGGGAAGUCGCGGCUCUGCUGAUACUGUUCGCGAUGUUCGUGGGUUUGCGGUCAAGUUUUACACACAAGAAGGAAAGCCUGAGCCGCACAAUGAAGUUCCCCAAGCACAGUCCGCGCACAACAACUUCUGGGAUUUCGUCUGGGGACACUCAGAAGCGACUCACAUGUACAUGUGGGCCAUGUCCGACCGCGCAAUUCCUCGAUCCUACCGCAUGAUGCAAGGUUUUGGCGUCAACACCUACACUCUUAUCAACGACAAGGGCGAGCGCCGAUUUGUCAAGUUCCACUUCACACCUGAGCUCGGAGUCCACUCUCUGGUUUGGGAUGAAGCUCUUAAGCUUGCUGGUCAGGACCCCGACUUCCACCGCAAGGACCUUCAGGAGGCCAUCGAAAACGGCGCGUACCCGAAGUGGAAGUUUGGCAUCCAGGUGUUGGAGGAAUCCCAAGAGCACGAUUUCGACUUCGAUAUUCUUGACGCUACUAAGGUCUGGCCGGAAGACCAGAUUCCCGUCCGCUAUAUCGGAGAGCUGGAACUUAACCGCGUCGUCGAUGAGUAUUUCACCGAGACCGAGCAGGUCGCUUUCUGUACCAGCCACCUUGUGCCUGGCGUUGGUCCGUCAGACGAUCCUCUGCUCCAGGGCCGAAACUUUUCUUACCAGGAUACCCAGCUCAGCCGUUUGGGUACCAACUGGGAGGAGCUACCUAUUAACAAGCCUGUUUGCCCAGUUAUGAAUUUCAACCGCGAUGGUGCCAUGCGACACACUAUCUCCAAGGGCAAGGUCAACUACUGGCCUAACCGAUACAGCCACCAGCCCCCUGCUACCGCCCAGGAGGGUGCCUACGUAGACUACCAGCAAAAGGUUGCCGGUAUUAAGCAGCGGGCUCUCAGCAAGAAGUUCAAGGAUCACUUCUCUCAGGCUCAGCUCUUCUACAACUCGCUUUCUGAGAUUGAGAAGGCUCACAUCCAGGCCGCCUUCUCUUUCGAGUUGGACCAUUGCGAUGAAGCUAUCGUCUACGAGCGCCUGACUGAGCGUCUCGGUGUAGUUGAUGGCGAGCUUGCAAACACGAUCGCUGAAAUGGUCGGCGGCAAGAAGCCCGUUGAGGCCAAGGCAAAUCCCGGAAAGAAGGCCAAGAACUUGAGUCAGAUGGACUUCCUUCCCAAGAUUCCGACUAUCAAGUCGCGCCGUAUUGCCAUCAUCAUCGCUGAUGGUUACGAUCCUGUCGCUUUUAACGCUCUUUACGGCGCUAUCAAGGCUCAGAGUGCCCUUCCUUUCGUUAUCGCACCUCGCCGAUCUGCUAUCUUCUCCGCCAACGAGGAUUCAUCCUCAUCCAAGGGUAUUGUCCCCGACCACCACCUCGAAGGUCAGCGAAGCACCAUGUUUGACGCUAUCUUUGUUCCCGGCGGUGAAAAGUCUAUUCAGACCCUUUCCAAGAACGGUCGAGCUCUUCACUACAUUCGUGAGGCUUUCGGUCACUUGAAGGCGAUUGGUGGUACUGGUGAGGCCGUUGACUUGAUCAACAAGGCCAUCCAACUUCCUGAGGUCUCACUCUCUGAGACAGAUGGCAGUGGCGUCGUCGACAGCUAUGGCGUUGUGACUCUGAAGAAUGCUUCGCCUGACAGCCUCAAGGAGAUUGUCACCGUUGCUUCCGAUGCCAAGGGCUUCCUGGAGAAGUUCGUGUACAACAUCAGUCAGCACCGUAACUGGCAGCGAGAGCUGGAUGGAUUGAGCACUAUGGUGGCAUACUAA